CUUCAUGUUGUAAAGGUUGCUUAUACAUGUGAUGAUUGUAAGUUUCAUGUGUGUGUGCUCUGUGCUUUCGGACAGAGAGUGCUUAGUCAUCAAGGUCAUCCGGAGCACACACUAACAUUGAUGAAGAGGGAAUCCUUGUUCACCUGUGAUGCUUGUUACGAGGAAGCCAGAGAUUCUUCUUAUGUGUGCGUAACCUGUGAAUUUUGCAUCCACAAGACUUGUGCUCUUUCUCCUUCGACUAUUGAAGCUUCUAAUCACCACCACCACCCUCUCACUCUUGUCUACUCUAUUCCUGAUAUGCAUCGCUACUUUUCCCGCUCCUGCAACAUCUGCAACAAAGUAGUUCAUCCAAAUUUAUGGAGCUAUUAUUGCCAGAAAUGCACAUACUUUGCCCACAUCAAAUGUGCAACAUCCUCGGUUAUAAUAAAUGAGAUUGAAGCAGACGACAUUGAUAAUGAACUUGAUUUGGUACAAUUUCCUUUGCCUAGCAAGGAGUCACUGUUUGAUCUUAUCAUCACCCAGUAUGACAAGUUCCAAGUUGACCAUCAGGGCGAAGGUGAAAGGUUUAUCACUUUAUCAAGAAGACUCUAUAAUCCACUUAUUAUUAACAAGCACUGGAGUCACCCCGAGCAUCCAUUAGAAAAGCUCCAAUUUAGUGUUUGUGAGGAUGACGACGACGACAGUGAUGAUGAUGCAGCCGUGUUGAUAUGCGAUGGGUGCAUUCAACCCAUAACACUUUCUCAUCCAUCUUACUAUGCUUGUAUCCAAUGUGGUUACUUUCUCCACUCCUUUUGUGCGACCAAGUUGCCACCAGAGUUGCCUGCAGGAGCCUCCCCGUUUCACCCUCAGCAUUCGCUCAUGCUAUGGAAGAGGAUCGGUACGGUCUUUAGUCUUGUGACAUGUGGAUCUUGCAACAGCUACACGAAUGGAUUCUUCUAUCACUGUAAGACUUGUGAUAUUAUAAUUGAUAUCCGUUGUGCAUUCUUACCCACCAGGAUUAAACAUAUAUCUCACAAGCACGCUCUUGUUCAGCGUCCAUUCUCUGAACCAAUGUGUAGCAUAAGUAAAAUUACAAUUACAGGUGGCCUGGUAUAUGGGUGUGAAACUUGCAGUGACGUACAUAUUAGUAUACUUUGUGUAUUUUUUGCCAAGCAUUGUCAAACACAGGUUUGAUAGUCACCCGAUAACGUUGAGACUUCCUCCAUUUUUCUACGAAGGAGUUUUCUACUGUGAAUUAUGCGAAGAACAAGUUAACAAUCAAUGGCCACUCUAUCACUGCGAUGAAUCGGAUCAUUCUUUUCAUUUUAACUGCUUUGAUCUUCUUCCGAACAUCAAAUUUGGAGGGACCAUUGAACUUGAUAUUGACCAUCGGCCGCACACAUUUACAUUUGUUUUAGAGAGGCCUAAGAAAAAAGGCUUCCUAUACAAGUGUAGCAAUUGUGCUGACUCCUAUGAAUUUGGUGUAUUUUUUAGAUGUGACGGGUGUGGAUAUCUUGCCUGCUAUGGAUGUGUCAAUAAGGUGCUGGGCGGAACUUCACCCAAUGAAUUUGUAAUUCCCGAAUAGAA